UAGGGGUCGUUCCGUAACAAGAAGUUCGACGUCAAGCUCGUCGUUAAAUAGGAACAUAUUCGUUGAAAAAAAUGUUGUUGUCACGCGGUGCAACAAUUUUGAAGGCGGCCCGUCCUCUUAAUGUGAACAAACAUGUCAUAACAAUUAUAAGACAAUCGCACGAUGCAAACUGGUGCUACCGUAUGGUACCUGAACCUCGCAAAGGAUGGACAUUUGUCGCUGAUUUUUUAGGUGGACUGAUGUGGUGGUGGGUUUUCUGGAACUUCUGGCAUGAGUCUGCCCAUAUUACUGGUCACUUUCCAUUUCCACGUCCAGCAGAUUGGUCAGAUGAAGAAUUGGGAAUUCCAGCAGAUUAAAAUAUAAGAGUAAAUUUCUUUGCGCAAAAAAUUCCUUGAACUUUGAUAUGUAUC